AUGCCAGCCUCGUUCGAUCAAUGGCAGCACACAGCUGUCUCAAACAUCUUCAAUAUUACCCUGGACCGUCGCGAAGCCGAACAAAGCGGUUGGAACAAGACCUAUUUGAGGGAGCUCGCCGAAGAACUCUCGUCGGACUCGUCUGCGCCAUCACAACUCACCGCAUCAGUCGCAGAUCAGAUCCUCAUCGCUCGACUUUCCCUCGAUCCACAAGCCGAUGUGAUGAGCGACGAUGCAGAGCACAUCACCAUUCUCGCCAAUCUUGCUAAAGGCCAGACCUCGUGGGACUAUCUUGUCGCUUGUUGGAAAAUGGCGAGAGCGGAAGAGAGUCGUGUGCGCAAAUCGCUCCCUGCCGCAGAGCACAGCAAGGCGCUAGCAGUACUCGAAGAGAUCCGCGCACUUGUCAUCUCGUACGCUGGACUGGUACUCCAAUCGCCCGACAUGUUUCCCAACUCGACCAAGCCCAACGGCACCCCGCUUUCCCCCUUGGUACUCGUGGACAGUCUGACACACGUCUCUUCUUCCAUCUCGAGCUUUGGCUUCUCCACCACCUCGGAAGCUUCCACUUCACACAGCACCGCCGACCUCACGACCAAGUUCGAGACCAUUGACGGUGAUGACUUGCCUGUCUUUCUCAAUGAGCUUGCUGUCCGUUUCGGCAAUGAUGACGGUCUGGAUGAGAUUCUCGGACCUGCCUUCACAGAGCUUACCAGGAGGAUCCGCGAUGGUGAUCGGGGCUCCGACACCCCCGCCUCUUCGUCAUCCUUGCCGAUGCACAGUACGGGUCAGGCCGCCGCUCCAGCCAGUGGCGGUGUCAAUCCAGCUGCUCUCAACCAGGCGCUGGCGAAUCAAGACGUCCAGUCGGUCAUCGCUCAGUUGCUAGCAGGCCGGAUGGCGGGCGCACAACCAGGCGCACAGCCAGUCACAGCACCGCUCGGAGCCAUUGCAAAGCCCAACGAGGGGCUGACGAUUGCGGGGCUCGAGUGGAGGCCCUACGUCAAUGCCAUCGUCGAAGCGGUCGAGAUCAAGCCGAUCGCGAACAUGCUGGCUCAUCUGUCCAACUUUGACCCUGAACACGUCACAGGCUCGCGUAUCGAACUCGACUCGCUGCUGGGCCCUGUACUGCGCCUAUCGGCGUUUCCGGACGCGUACCCGAGCAUCACACAGCAUUACUUUGCCAACGCAGCUACGCAGACUCAGCAGGAGGCGGAUGCUAAUUUCCGCAGCAUUCAGAGCACCAUGGAGAUUGUGCAUACGCUCAACUUCCGCAUCUUUAAUGCUAUCGUCCGCUCCGGUGCGCCGGCGCGUGAAAAGGUACUGGCUUACUGGGGUAAAGCGUGCGCUCUGAAUGCAAAGCGAGGCGCUAUGCAGGUGCGUCAGGAACUCGUGGCAAGCGACGGGUACAUGGUGAAUCUGUACGAGCUGCUGCUCCGCUUUGCCGAGCCAUUCAUGGAUGCUGGCUUGACCAAGAUCGACCGGAUUGACCUCGAGUACCUGCGCAAGCAGAAGCGGUUCGAUAUUCAGGAGCUGACGCGUAUCAAUGCCACUGAAGCCGAAGCGAAAGAGUGGGGACAGCAGGCGCAAGCAGAGCCAGCGGGCGCGCCGGCUAACUUUAUCACCGAAGUGUUUUACCUUUGCGUGCGACUCAACAACCUCGGACUGGGGAAAGCGGUACGUGGCAUCGACGAAAAGGAAAAGGAGAUGGGUCGUUUCAAAAAACGCAUCGCCGAAAUCGAGGCAGACAGGGCCAUGUGGUCGGCACUCGCGCAAGCUCCACAGUACGAAAACUUUCUAAAGCGUGCCAAGGCCGAAGUGGAGCGUUUGCAUGGCGAGAUCUAUGCAGCUCAGAGCCAGCUGAUGGCGCCCGAGUUUUUGCAAAAAGUGAUCACGUUCAACUGCUUCCUUAUGACCUGGCUGAUUCGCGUUGCCGAGCCCAAAGCGAUGCAUCCGCAUACUCAAGUGACUUUGCCUCUGCCGCAACAAGUGCCAACGCGCUUCCGCAUGCUGCCGGAGCACGUGUUUGAGGACAUUUGCGAUGUGAUGCUCUUUCUCUCGCGCGUGAGCGCACCGCUUUCGGAAUCGGCCAAGAAUGACCUAGUGACGUUUUGCACUACGUUCCUCAGCUCGGGAUGGUACAUUAAAAAUCCUUUCCUUAAGGCGAAGCUUGCCGAGAUCCUGUUUUACAACGUGAUUCCGUGGGGACGUCACACGAACGGUGUUCUGAGCGAUACGCUCAACAUUCACGCGCUGGCGCUGCAGCAUCUGGUGCCUGCGUUGAUGAAUUUUUGGAUCGAGGCAGAGAACACGGGCAGUCACACGCAGUUCUAUGACAAGUUCAACAUGCGCUACCAUCUAUCGCAAAUAUUCAAGUCGAUCUGGAGCAAUCCGAAGCACAAGCAGCAGAUCCAUGAUCAGGCGCAGGCGAGCGGAUCCGACUUUGUGGUGUUUAUCAAUCGAUUGAUGAACGAUGUCACGUAUCUGCUCGAUGACGCGCUGGACAAGCUACAGGAGUUGCAUACCAAGCAGUCGGAAUCCGAGCCACCGAGAGCCGAGAGCACAUCGUCGCAAGAGCAACAGGAGCGAGAAGGACAUGUUCGUCAGCUCGAACAGACGAUCAAGUCGGACUUGCAGCUGGGAACCGAAUUCAUGCGACUGCUCAUCGACUUUACUGCCGAAACUACCGAGGCGUUCAUGACGCCCGAAGUGGUGGAUCGACUAGCGGCCAUGUUGGACUACAACCUCGACCUCAUGGCUGGACCCAAGUGUCAGAACCUCAAGGUCAAGCAUCCCAAAAAGGUGAGCUUUGAGCCUCGCAAUCUUUUGCGCAUGAUCAUGUCGGUCUACCUCAACCUAUGCAGCAAACGCGAAUUUGUGGCGGCAAUCGCGCGCGAUGGACGAAGUUACUCGAAGCCGGUAUUUGAAAAGGCAGGAUGGAUUGCGGAGAGAUACAUGCUCAAGAGCCCGCCCGAGCUGGAAGCGUGGGCGGGGAUGAUCGCGCAGGUGGAGGAGAAGCGACAGAUGGAGCAGGACGAUGAGGAGGAUCUGGGAGACGUGCCGGAUGAGUAUCUGGAUCCGUUGAUGGCGACGAUAAUGAAGGAUCCCGUGCUGCUGCCGAGGAGCAAGGCAGUAGUGGACAGGUCGACGAUCAAAGCGCACCUGCUGAGCGACUCGACGGAUCCGUUCAAUCGGUCGCCGUUGAAGAUCGAGGAUGUGAUUCCGGAUGCAGAGCUGAAGGCCAAGAUCGAGGCGUUUAUUGCCGAGAGGAGGCGCAAGAGCUAG